CACGUGGCGGUGCAGUGGUUGGAGGCUGCUCCCAAAGAGCGUGGCCCCAGUGCUGCGGAAGUCUUUAAGUGUAUUCGUUGGGCCCACUUCCCUGCAGAAGAUCAGGACUACCUGGGAGGGCUACUGACCAAGCCUAUUGUGAAGAAAUACUGCCUGGACAUUAUUGAAGGGGCUCUCCUGCAAUUGCGAUUUGGUGAUAGGUUGUACAAGUCGGUGGUGUCCAAGCCAAAUUGCAGCCACAGCAGCAGUAGCAACAAUAGCAGCACCGGCAGCAGCACCAGUAGCUCUGUUGUAUCGGUAACAGAAAAUCCACCGCAAAGGUUGGGUAUGUGUGCCAAAGAGAUGGUAAUUUUUUUUGGACACCCCCGAGAUCCAUUUCUCUGUUAUGACCCAUAUUCGGGAGAUAUUUACACAAUGCCUUCUCCUUUGACUAGCUUGGCACACACUAAGACCAUUACAUCUUCAGCUGUUUGUGUCUCUCCAGACCAUGACAUCUAUCUUGCUGCCCAGCCCAGGAAAGACCUAUGGGUGUAUAAACCAGCCCAAAAUAGUUGGCAUCAACUGGCAGACCGCCUGCUGUGUCGAGAGGGCAUGGAUGUGGCGUAUCUGAAUGGCUACAUUUACAUCUUGGGUGGGAGAGACCCAAUUACCGGAGUUAAAUUGAAGGAAGUGGAAUGCUACAGCGUUCAGAGGAACCAGUGGGCCUUGGUGGCUCCUGUACCACAUUCCUUUUAUUCAUUUGAACUAAUAGUGGUUCAGAAUUAUCUUUAUGCUGUCAACAGUAAGCGAAUGCUCUGCUAUGAUCCUAGCCAUAAUAUGUGGCUGAAUUGUGCAUCUCUUAAACGGAGUGACUUUCAAGAAGCCUGUGUCUUCAAAGAUGAAAUCUAUUGCAUCUGUGACAUCCCAGUCAUGAAGGUCUACAACCCAGCUCGGGGAGAGUGGAGGCGGAUUAGUAAUAUUCCACUGGACUCAGAAACCCACAACUACCAGAUCGUCAAUCAUGACCAAAAGUUGCUGCUCAUCACUUCUACCACCCCACAGUGGAAAAAGAACCGUGUGACAGUAUACGAAUAUGAUACUAGGGAAGACCAAUGGAUUAAUAUAGGUACCAUGUUAGGCCUUUUGCAGUUUGACUCUGGCUUUAUUUGCCUCUGUGCUCGAGUUUAUCCUUCCUGUCUUGAACCUGGGCAGAGUUUCAUCACUGAGGAAGAUGAUGCAAGGAGUGAGUCUAGCACUGAAUGGGACUUAGAUGGGUUCAGUGAACUGGACUCGGAGUCAGGAAGCUCAAGUUCUUUUUCUGAUGAUGAGGUCUGGGUACAGGUUGCACCUCAGAGAAACGCACCAGAUCAGUAGGGUUCUUUGUAAAUAUUUCGAGACAAUAAGAUGUUUCUACUGUAUGGAAUGUAUUUUCAAAUUUUCCUGAAAAAACAAAGUUGAUUAGGACUGGAGAUUUGGUUUAGAAAGGGUAGCAAUUUGAAAUAGUAAUACAAUACGCAAAAUUCAUACAGUCCCUGAAAUAAGCUUAUUUCAAUAAUUUGCUGUGCUAAAAGUCCAUGAUUAAAAUAUGCAUAGUAAACUACAUAAAUUGAUUAAGGUGUUUAGUGGAUUUUGUUUUGCUGUUAAUUAGUAUGUUUAUAUUUUGAUUUUCCUAGUUUUAGUUAAAUUUUGCCAAGUGCUAUGAGGUCUUAUUUGUUACUAGAAAAACUAGACUGAGAAUUGUUGUAUUUUGAAGGUGUUAACAUUUUCCUUCAGAAUAGUGAAAGAUCACAUUUUUAAGUAAAUUUUUAGUAUCAGUUAUAGUUUGUUAAAAAUCUAGUGUGCAAAGAAAGAUAUUAAGGUUACUAAGUAGUGAUUCCAUAUUGAUAAUGUCUUCAGUGGACUACAAGGUCACAGAAAAUUUAAAAAAUCAGGAUUCCACUGUUUCCAAAGAAUUUAAAUUUUUACUUUAAAAUUUAAAAAUAUGUGUGGUAAAUAGGUUAUAUUUCUUACCUUGAAAAAAACAAACACUCUAGUAGUGUCAUCAAUUAUUUAAGCACCUUUCUAAACCAAAAAAUGAGAAGUAAUUUGCUUUAUAAAUUCAGUUUUGAUAUGUACAUGUUAAAUGCUUUGACUCAGAACAACCCUACUCUUCACUAGACAUGAUUAAAUAAUGUACAUUUUUCUUCAUUGGUCAUGCACUGUCUUAAAAAGUUUGCUUCCCUGAAAUAUUUUGGCUAUAUAGUUUUAGUAUUCAUCUUAGAGGCUUUAUCAGCAGAAAGUGAUUUAUUCUUUAAUGUUUUGUGAGUAAUACUGGUUUUGAAAAUAUGUAUAAGCUAAAGGCAGUAUUUUAUUGAGAUCAGCAGUUAUAGUGUUUAUCAACUCAAGUUAAGUGCCAGCAAAGAACUUUAAAAAUUCAAGCUGUGUAUGAACUGUUUUCUGUAGUGUUGAAAUAUUGUCAGUUUUUUAAGUUACUAUAAAUGUUCUUGAUUUUCAGCUUGAAGAUAUUUUUGUAUUAAAAGUUGACUGUUAAGGAACUUAAAGUGGAUGGGUGGGUGGUAUUUGGGGCCAGUAGUUAAAGUAUGUUUCUUUAGUUCUUUCCCUAAUCAGUGGUAUACAUGGCCAUUUUAUUAUGGUGACUGCAUCCUGUUUAUAUUUCUCUGUAAGUUAUACUCUAGUUUCUGAUUCAGUCACCAUAUGUAACAGAAAGUCCAGAAGUAGUAAACUACACAAAACAGGCAUUAUAACGUCAUAGGUGCUUACCUUUUGAAGGUUUAUUAAUACAUAUGGUUGUCAUAAUACAUAUACAUGACAAGUAGUGUACAUAUACAGAUGUUUUAUGCUAUAUAAAGUUUUCUAUACUAUUAUAGAAUUAUCUUCUUCAGUCUUUAUUCAAUACCAUGAAAAUUCCUCUUUAUUUUCUAGUGGCAAAAAGCUAAAGUUUUUACACUCUUGUGGAGGAUAGAGUCUGGUCCAAGAUGGGAAGUGGUUUUUUGAAUGAAAAGUGAAAAAUGACAAAAGCAAAACAAAAUGCCACGGAUAAUGUGUUAUUCAUCAUUUUGAUUGGCUGCGUGAAGAGUGUGAGAUAGUCAGCUCAACAAUAUUUCUGUUAGAGUUUGCUGACCUCUAAAGUGUAGUCAGGCUUUCAAGUCUAGAUUCUAUUCCUUUUGUACCCGGGAAUGUUAUAAGAACUACUCUUUAUUUAGAAAGUUAUUUUUCCCUAUUUGGGGGCCAACUUUUUCUUCUCCAUUAACUUCUGUUGAUAGCUUUUUGUUCUGUAAGGUGGAAACUUGGCAGCACUUAUCACUACCAGAUCUGCACAAUUUAAGGUCUACAACUGAUGUAUAAAAGUCAAAUUCUCAAAUUCAUCGUUCUCAACUCUUGAGUUAGAGCUUAGGCUAAAUAUUAGUAAUAACUUGGCUUACUGUCACAUUUUCUUGGGAAGGAUUUUGAUUUUGUGAAACAUUUGUGAAUUAGAGAAUAGAUGCUAUUAUUUUAUAGAUAAGUGAUUUGUAUGUUGCUUGUUCCAAAUAAAACUGGUUUUAAACUGAA